AUGAACAAUAGCGAGUUUAAGAAACGACAACGGCGAAGCCGUCGACAACGUCGGUUAAAAAGUGAUACCUUAUUUUACCUACGAAUAUCGCGAUACUCUAAAGUCAUCUAGUUUGUUUUUCACUGUCAAAUCUAUCUCGAAACUGAGUAAGGAGCCCGGCGUUAAAUUAGAAAUAGCAAUUUAAAGAAUUAGCCGUCGUCGCUCACGUUCUCCAAACAACGCAAAGUUUGGUGAUUCCACGUUGCAGUUUGCAGAGGACGCAGAGAAAUUUACAAAAAUUUGUAACGCACGUGCAAAACUAUUGUUCUGCUUAUUAAACCGUUUAGUGACGUUCCCGUUGCCGUUGCAGUUGUGGUUUUCUUUAACCCCC